AUUUAGUUGUUCAUAAGCCAUCGUGAGAGGUGUUGCUUAUAAAAAUAUUAUUUUUCAAACUGUGUUUGCAAUUCGAAAUUUUGCAAUUAUUGACGUAGUUGAUAUGCAAAAAACAGUGUGUUUUUAAAGUUUUUGUAGUGAUAUUAUUCUUUUGUGAGAUUGGAAUAAUCGCCACAUAAUGGGGAGCAAAAACCAAGGGAAUAGAAGUUAUCGACGAACAGCAAAAGGCUUUUUAAGAAAAUCUGAGUCAUAUAUGCCCAUAAGACUGGCUGGGGACCUUGUAUUGGUCGCUGCUCAUGGAAUCAAUAUAAUAGUAAUGCAUUUAGCGUUACAGACCGAUAUUAUGAAGGAUAAAGAUCUUACAGAAUUCCAUUCACUACAGUGGAAAUAUAUAACUAUCUGGAAUUUGGCAUUCCAAAUUACUUACCUUCUGAUGGCCAUCGCGUGUGAUAUUUCCUCAUUAUUUAAAAUAUUGGAAGAAAACAAAAUCGUGGAACAAAUUAAACGUUACAGGAAAACAUUCUUUUCAGCUGUUGUCUGGCCUUCAAGUAUUCUGGUUAGCUCGCUAUUUUGGCCGAUAUUUCUUUACGAUCGAGAACUUGUUUUCCCAUCUUAUAUUGACAAGGUUCUUUCCACCUCUUCAAACCAUAUGAUACACUCAUUCAUAACUGUCGUGGUUGUAUGGGAGCUCAUUACUUUUCCCAGAAGUAGGCCGCAGUCACAUAAGUGGAACUUGAUGCAAUUAGCUGUUAUUUACGUGGCUUAUCUGGUUGUGUUCAUAACAAACUACCACAUUACAGGAUUAUGGCCAUACCCACUACUGUAUAGUAUAUAUGGAACGAUAUAUUUCCCACUAUUUUUAUUUGCAGUACUUAUAAUUUAUUUAAUUGCAUACUUCAUACAGUGGCCUCUUGUGAGCCUUAUACAUGGAUCUUCGAAGAAAGCGGCUGAAUGAUUUGGCAAUUAGUUUAUACCUAAUGCUACUACGUACUGUAUGAAGAGAUCGACUUGAAUUAUCGUAACCAGCCAUUAAAUUACUAGCGAUUUAUUUGGAAAAUCUAGAUUAUAUAUAGAUAUACAGGAGUAGUUUUUAGUAACCAAUAUGGAAAAUAGAAAGAGAUUGGAGACAAGCCAAAAGAGCAUACUCCUCUCUCAAAGAUUGGCAAUGCACCCACUUAAAUGGGGGGCAAUGAGCUGCCACGACUGCCCUCUUCGGGCGUACCGUAGGCAAGUUUGCCCCCCCUAUUCUAUAAAAAAAAGAUUGCUGUCCUUUUUUUAUAUUUUAUUUACCAUAGUACCUCAAAAAUUAAGAUAAUAAAUGAAACUCAACAUUUUAUUUUAAAAAAUCAUUCCUUCAGACAUUAUUGGAGCUUUGUGCGUAGUUUAUCUCGGGUUGCUAGGUUGUGGUUUAGGAAUUUUAAAAUAGAUUUAUAAGUAGAACAUAAUGAUAACGUUACAGGUGAUUUUUUAUGUCAAUACUAAAUUAAAUUCUUAAAAAUAGGAGAAACAUCGGGGUGUGUUUUGUCUCACCAGCUGAAACAAUUGAUUGAAAACAAUAAUUCAUUGAAAUAGAACCUCCAUCGUCAAAAACACUUUAUAUAGUAAACAUAACCUGGAAAGUGAUAAUGCUGACGGCUUAUUGGUCUAGUGGUUAGUACCCCUGACUGCGAAUCCAUGGGUCCCGGGUUCGAUCCCCGGCUGAGACGAACAUCGAUGUGAUGAGCAUUUGGUGUUGUGCUUAGGUUUUGGGUGUUUAAAUAUGUAUUUAUAUGUCUAUCUAUCUAUAAUAUGUAUGUAUAUCCGUUGCCUAGUACUCAUAACACAAGCUUCACCAGCUUAGUAUGGGACUACGUCAAUUGGUUUGAAUUGUUUAAAAAAAAAUGUGAUAAAUUACCCUUAUAAAUAAAGGGUACCUCUCUGGCAUACUAUAGGCAUAGGAACGCAUAUAGCUGGGUUGUAAUUAUUACGUAGUAUGAAUAGGAUAGAAAAAAACAUAACAGCGUUUUCCACUAGAACCCGAGUUAGACUUGGGUUUUAUCAGCUGCUACGCAUUAGUUUAUGAACUUUACACUUAUUCACCUUUAUUUAACGUGUAUAAGAUAUACGGAUAGGAACAUCACAAUCAAGAAAUAAGAAAGAGAGAAAAGAGAAGAAGAGAGAGAUAAGAACAUCACUUUUGUAAUUUUUCGACAUUUGUUUUCAUUCUACAGAUGAUACAAUUAUAAUAACUGUGAUAUGUAAAAUUAGCUUAAGAU